UUAUUUGAAUAAAAUCCGACUCCAACCCCCGCCAACUGGGCGUGUCGCUCCUUCUCCCUGCCCUCGCAGAUGUGGCACCGUAUUGGGCCCGUUUACAAUGUGUCUGUCGGUUCCUCGUUCCCAGUUGGAGCUGGACGUUCCUUGUUCCCGGGACGACGCCGCAGCUGAUUAUUAGGAUAACUAGCCACUAUAACUUGCGUGCCGUGGAUAGAAACCAAGAAGAGGAAGAUUUGCUGGGAACGUAGGGGAGAAUACUGUAACUGGUGCUUGAUGGACGGCAGGCACUCGAUGGGCAGAAGGGUCUGUUUUUGAGCCGAUUGUGGUUACGUUGUGUGGGGCUGCAGAGAAAUCGAAUUAAUCUAACACCACCCACUGGAGUGUAUCUCCAUCUCUAUAUGCACAAAUAAGAGAGAAAUGGUGACAUUUUUAUAGCGCCUGUCACAAUCUGAGAGUAUGGUAGAGAGCUCUGAAACUGAAGAAAAACUCAUGUUGCGUGGCCAGUCUUCUGGAAGUAUCGUGCAGACAUGCCAGGAUCCAGCAGUGCCUUCGUCCCAACUAUCACCGCCAUCACCACCAGCCAGGACCUGCAGUGGAUGGUUCAGCCCACUGUCAUAACCUCCAUGUCUAGCCCCUACCCGAGGUCGUAUCCUUACAAUCUACCAGGGACCAGCAUUUCCUCGCCAUCCUCCACCACAUUACACCGACCUGGCGUUAUCAAAACCAUCGGAGAGACAGGAGGACGGAGGAAAAGGGAUGAACAGCUAACUCCAGAGGAAGAAGAGAAGAGGAGAAUACGGCGAGAGAGAAACAAGCUGGCUGCGGCGAAAUGCCGGAACAGGCGCCGAGAGCUAACGGAGAGGCUUCAAGGUGAGACAGAGAAACUUGAGGAGGAGAAGUCGGGGCUGCAGAAGGAGAUCGCCGUGUUGCAGAAGGAGAAGGAGAAGCUGGAAUUCAUGCUGGUCGCCCACAAACCCAUCUGCAAAAUGGCUCUGGGGGGUGAGGGGCGGAGGCAGUCGGCAUCACCUGAGCCACGGGCAGGCCGGACGGCAAACGCAGUGGUGGUCAAGCAGGAGCCUGAGGAGGAGGCCAAUCUAGGCGGGUCAGGCCCAAACAAGACACAGAGGUCCGUCAUCAAGCCGGUGACCGAGAUCAGCAUUGCCAACAGCUUCUUCACGGAGGCCGAACCUCUCAACACUCCUGUGGUGGCCACCUCGACCCCUGCCCCCAGUGUCACCCCCUGUGCCCCCAGCUUGGUCUUCACCUAUCCCAAUGUACCCAGUCUGGAACAGGAGUCACCCUCAGAGUCCUGCUCGAAGGCCCACCGCAGGAGCAGCAGUAGUGGAGACCAGUCCUCGGACUCCUUGAACUCCCCCACCUUGCUGGCCCUCUGAACACCCUACCAACCACAUCAGCCAAGCCCCCAAGUGCAGGGGAGGAGGUGGCCUCUCCUGUGGAACUGGACCUCUUCCCACCGAGUGGAGCCCGCAGGAUUGCAAUAUCUCUAAACACUUCAGACUCAUGGGGUAGGGAAGGGUUAGGGGUGGGGAAGGAGUAGAAGAAAUUCAAGUAACUGAUGAAUCCUUACAAUGGGCAGCAUUUUUGUAAUUGCCGAUCACAGAAAGAGAGACUAAGGGAUCUGUGACUAUCAGUGGUUGUCACUCUCAGUGGAAAAGCGCCAUGCGCUCAACAGUGGACAGUUUCAAAGGCUGCCAACCCCUUGCGUUUUGAACUCGAUUUUAAAUCAUUUUGCUUUCCUGUUUUUUUUUCUACUGUCUUCAAAUAUUUACUCUACAGGGAUGUCCUGGUGACCCGCGUGAUGUAUAAUUGUCUUUUUUGGACCAUCAAGUGAUCUUAGUUUUAAGGUUGUGCUAACUCCAUCUCUGCAAUCCUUUCAUUUCCAAAGAGGUGUAGACUGGGAAACUCUCUAACCUGAUAUUGGUGUAAAAUAGAGAACAGAAUUAUUUUGUGAUGCUUGUGAUAAUACGUUGGUAGUACAAUGAGCAUUUCUGCAAUACUAGAAUGGUUGUCAGAUUUCAGCAUUUAAUAGGGCAAAGGGAUUUGUGUCACAAUGUAGGCCGCUUUUGUCGGACCAGUCCGUCAUAUAACGAAUACCCUCUGCAGUUAGCCUUCUGACCUUAAUUUUAGUAUUUAUAACUUUAGUUUUACAAGAAUUUUGAAUAAUAAUUAAAAUAUAUUGCAAAUUGGGGGAAAAAUCAGUUGGACUGGAAGUGGGAUCAUGCUGAAUUCCUUACCUGCUGAUUUGAGCAAGUCUGGUAAAUUUAAUGCCUUUUGAAUAUUGAAGAGGUGUCUCUGCGGAUGUGCAUGUGUAUAAUUGUAUGUACCACUGGAUGGAUGUUUGUGUGUGUGUUCCUGCACAAGUGAGUGUGUGUGUGUGUCUGAACUUUAUUCAAAACCAGCUUGGGCUAAACUGGUGAAAGGACAAAUACUGGGCAAGGGCAUCUUCAAACAGUGGCAUGGAAUAGCUUUUCAGCAGAGUCAAAGAGGCAAUAAAAAAAACCCUUCCACACAUUAAUGGGUCAGAUUGAUGAGAUCACAGGACAUGUGAAAUUUGUUUCUGAAAUGGAUGCAUUGUGAGGCUUUUCUUGCCUGUUUGAACUUUCAAAGCAGAAUGGAUAAAACGAACAAGCCACUGCACUGUAGGAAGUAAGAAGGGUAAACUUUGGCUUAUUUCUUGGGCACCUACUUCAUUUAGCUCAGAAUUCAUUCUUAUUGCCUGGAUUUGUUAGGCAGGUGACAGAUCCCAUUUCCUAGUAUGGCAUUCGAUUAUUUUUCUUCCAAUAGUUAGGUUGAACUAGAAAGGUGGUAGCCCAUUGUAUUUCUCUCCUGCUCCCUAACAUAAGGGCAAAGUGGAUACGAGAGAAGGUCAGCUCAUUUUUACAAAGGUACAAAGUUUCUCCUUGUGAGAGAGUGUGGUGGAAAACAAGGUUAAAUUUCUAUUUUGCUUUUCCCCUUGCGGUUGGGAGCAAUGGAUGGGUGACUGAGGGCAGGGUUGAGGAACCUUGGGUUCUCUUUCCCAGUAAAUAAGUAGCCGUUUAGAGCCUUCACCAGCCUACAGCUAUCUGAGCAGUCUCCCACAAGAGUCAGAGCAGGUACUUUCAAUCUCUUUUGUAAUUAUAUUUAUAGCUUCCUUAAUUAAAAUAACAUGGAUAAAUGUUUUAUUGUUAGAGCAGGUCUCCAAUGAAGUGAUAAUUUUGAUUUUUUUUAAAAAAAGGCACAACACUGAUUUUAGAUUUGUGCUCUUAAGGCUCCAGAUGUGGCUUCUUCAGUGUCUUGUUCAACCACAAUUUAUCAUCCUAAUUUCAAUGAUCAGCAACCCAGGACCUUUCUUCACCACCCUAUUUACUCGUGUCUCUGCUUCCGGGGAACCAGGUGCCUAAAUUUCAAGUUCGCUCUCUUCUACAACAUUUUCCCAGAGCCUGUGUUGUGUUUCUCUUCACAACCUUGUGCACAAGGAGCCAUUUUCUGACACAAUUCCACAAUGAGAAUACAAGAACAGGAAAUAGAUCUGUUCACCUUUACUGUAUUUAGGUGUCACUUCACUGGGAAGUUUUCUACAUUAAGCUAGCCUUCAUGCUGUGCUGUGUCGUUGGGAAGCCAGGAUAAUGAGUCAAAGCCUGAUUUACAGUUCACUGCCAGCGUUGGCAUAAGCAGAGGGGAGGGGGUCUCAGGGGAUUAGUCACUGGGCAAUUUAAAGCUUGCAGAAAGAAUAAAAAGGUGAAGCCCUGUAUGUCCUGUGAGAGAGGAUUAACUUAUAGGUAGUGCAAUCGGACUUUUCAGCAUAAAUGAUUCUGCAAAAAGAAGGAGGAAGUGCUCUGUUAGGGCGGUGGUGGGUGGAAAGUUGGGGGUAGGAUUUGCAAUUUAGAAGAAAUGGCAGGAGUGUACAGGAGCAAGGGCUACAGUGACAUUGCUUGGAAGAAAAUGGAGAAGGAAAUGAGAAAGGGAGAAUGAACUCUCAGAUCCUGUUGUACAUCUGGAGCACAGACUUUGGCAGGGCUAACAUCUGUUUGAAACUGAGUCAUUUGAAAAUCUCUUGGAGGAAGUUUCUCGAGGUGGCCUGUUGAAUUUGCCCUGUGAGCACCUGAAGCCCUGUUGGAGGCUGCCUGUCCAAACUAAUCUGACUGGGGCAGUGGGUGGGGCAACGCAGUGCCUUUGUGUUGUAUGAGAACAGACUUUGCAAUUUUAUCUCCUGCUUGUUGACUUUUGAGGGUAUAUGCAAGGCUCCUCCUUGAUUGUAUAUGCAGAGUAGGGUUUUCUCAGGUGAGUGAAGAAAGAGGUGCAUAUUAGUGGCUUCUGAGAUAGGUAGUACUCUAUCUUCAGCACCAAUUUGCUGAAGGAACUCACUGAGGUUACAGCAUCUGGGUGCGAUCUCCACAGAUGCUGCUGAGUUCCUCCAUCAGUUUGUUUGUUGCUUCAUAUUUCGGCAUCUGCAUUCUCUCCUAUAUAUAUUAUUUCAGGAUGGAUUUGUAAAGGGAGAGACAUUAUUUUUAAACAGAGUCUGCUGAGCUGACUCGAUCCUGCAGGGUAUGAACCUUGUAGAAAUUGUAGCCACAGUUGUUUCCAAAAGAUUACAGAGAGAUUUUUGCACCAAAUUCUUGUAGACAUGGGUAUUUUAGAACUGGCGAUGUAGUCACUGCAGGUUCUCAGGAAGGGAUUCUGAACUGUUCUGCUACAAACCCAGAAGUAACAGAUGAAAGGAAAGGAACUGCAAGAGGUGCCAGUGGCUUGUAUGAGUCUGUCAGCAUCCAGUGAGAAGGAUAGUCCAGUCAUUACUAAAUUAUGUCAUCACUCUGUGGACUGAAGUGAAGCCAGCAGUAUAACUCGGUUCUGUCAGCUCUCGAGACUCUCAGUUGGUUAGGAGGGUUAAAUUAGCACUUGGGCUUUAAAGGGCUACAAGGGUCCGUGGCUAUUGCUGGAGCACUUUGGGAUCAGUGAUGAACUGUGUCUGUGCCAAAGCAGGUGCCAAAAUCUGAAUACCUUAGAACUCAAGUAUCAUUAAUUAUAUUUCAGGGAGGUUUGUGAAGGGGAAACAUUUGACUUGAAUGUUGAUCUUGUGGGAAUGCCCUUUUCCUUAUUCCUAGUACUCCUCACGUCAGCCAGAAUACAUAGAUCAUGUCUACAGUGCAGGGCACCAAGCCCGGAUGGAGGACAAAUCUGAUGGUAGUUUGUGUUGGUGAAAGUCCAUGGGCAAGCGUGAAGAGAGAGUCAGGGCUUCCACAAAUUUAAUGUCUUGAGAUGGCAGGGGAAGUUUUAAUCUCUAUGUUAGUUAUUCCAGCAGGACUCAAUCUCAUUAGAGUAAUCUGUGUGUUUAUGUGUGCCAAGGGGAGGGGGCAGAGGUGAGUGAAAGGAAGGUGGGCCACAAAUGCAGAGAAAUACAAAGGGACCAUAAUUAAAUCAUUGUUCUGUUAGAAGGACGCUAUAUUAAGAAGCACUGCAAAUCAACUGAUGAAUGGAUCAAAAGCAUUAUGAGAUGUACAACAUGUCUCACAGGGACCUUGAUAAGGCAUUGUAAAUCUGUAAAAUUAACUAUUCUGUGUUUUUUUUAAAAGAACAGUCAGAUCUUUUCCUAUUCGAAAUUGUAUGUGUUAGUAUUUAUUAAAUAAAUUGAUAUUU